UGUAGCCCAGGCUAGCCUUGAACUAGAAGUGAUCCUCCUGCCUCAGCCUCUCCAGUGCUAGGAUUACAGGCAUGCACCACCAUGCUCGGCCCUAGGGAAGAUGUUUUUGAAAUGAGAAAUUUUUCUGAUGGUUUCUGUCCUUCUCGACCUAACCAACUUUGUAAGGGGGAGGGGAUUUUUGUUGUUAAAGUAUGCAAAGAGAGUGCUGACUGGUAGACUGUACUUGAAACCUGAAAAGAAAACCUAAACCUUCAUAUCUCCAGAUAAUUUUAAGAUAAAUGAGUUCAGGCAAAAUGUCACUGUUUUAUGUAACAAGAGACCUUGUACUGCGAGUACCUCCCUAGGUCUUACAUUGUCAGAGCUUACUCAGUAACUGACUCUUUGUCCUUUCAAGUCUGGUUGUUCUCUUCAGCCUGUUAACUUGCUCUUCUUGCCCCCAUAAAAGGCACCUGUACACCUUUCAGGAGAGAAUUUUUGCAGACCCUAACCCACUUUAAACACCAACUGGUUGUGCCUUAGUGGGAAUUACUGAAGUGAAUUGUAGAUAACAGAGGUUGACACCAGUUCACCCAAGUGGGUGCAGGCCUUCCCGUGUCUGUUUUCAGAGAGCUCCCUGAUGGACUCAGUGUUCAGGAAUUGAUUUCCUUCCCAACCCUUUUUUGUCCCUAGUUUUGCGCAAAACAGUAGCCGAGACAUACAUCUUUGUCUUAUACAUGUCUCUGUAUUUUUUAGAAGCAACUAGAAGUGCACAUUGUAGGGCUGGUGCUGGAGUCCUUUGUCAUUAUCAGGCCGCUGUUCUUCGCUUUCAAGUUGCCUAAACACAGCUGAGUUGGUACAGGGCAGAGAAAGCAGGAGCGCGCUGCCAAGUCGACAGGAAGCGGCCCAGAGCAGCGCACGCGCGGGCCGGCCAAUCAGCGGCCGGCGCUGUUGCUAUGUGGGCCCGCGCUCUGCCUUUGUGGAAGCCGGGCUGAGCUGCUCGAGGGCUGAGCAGGUCCCAGCCUCCUCUGCCGCGCUGCGAGAGCGAGGAGGGUCUGCACCGCCAGGUACUGACGGCGGCCUUGACAGCAGGCGGCUCCUUCUCUCCUGCGCGACUCCGGCAUGGUUUUCAGGGGGAACAAAGGGCUUCCCGGAGAAGGAUCUCUCUAUGUAGUUCAGGCUGGCCUUGAACCGACUGUACCCCAGGCCGGCCUGAGCUCCUGCAUCAGCCUCCCGAGUGCUGGGAUUCCAGGUGUGUGCCAGCAUACCCAGCUUGAAGAUACUCUAGAUGAAUAUUUUGAGUAUGACGCAGAGGAGUUCCUGGUCUCUCUGGCCUUGCUGAUAACAGAAGGACGGACCCCAGAAUGUUCUGUGAAAGGCCGAGCAGAGAGUUUCCACUGCCCACCAGCACAGUCGCGUCAUCCAGGUGCCACCCAGCAUGAGUGUAGCGACAAGCUGGCCCAGUGUCGCCAAGCCAGGCGAACCCGGGCUGAUGUGGCUCUGCUGUGGAAGAGCAGCCUUCCCAUCAUGGUGGAGGUGAUGCUGCUCCCUGACUGCUGCUAUGGUGACGAUGGGCCCAGCACAGAAGGGACCCAUCUGAAUGACCCUGCCAUCGAGCAGGAUGCUCUGCUGCUGGAGAGAUGGGUCCUGGAGCCAGUUCCUCGACAGAGCAGUGGUCGAUUCGUUGAAGAGAAGACUCUCCUGCUUGCUGUCCGCUCGUUUGUGUUCUUCUCCCAGUUAAGUGCUUGGCUGAGUGUCUCUCACGGUGCAGUCCCACGAAAUAUCCUGUACAGGAUCAGCGCUGCUGAUGCAGACCUGCAGUGGCAUUUCCCCCAGACUCCUGUUGAACACGUGUUUCCUGUCCCCAACGUUUCUCACAACGUGGCCUUGAAAGUCAGCGUUCAGUCCCUGCCCCGACAGUCUAAUUACCCAGUCCUGAGCUGUAGUAUUCACACCAACCUUGGCCUUUAUGAAGAGAGAAUUCAGGAGCAUGAGCAUAAAGCCCGCCAGCACCAUGGUUCUGCCGAAGCAGAGCACUAUAGUCUGAACAGCCCACAGCGUCUGUGCGCCAGACAGGCGUGGGCUGUGGCACCUGAGAGUGCACUGCAUGUGAGGGAUGGCCCGGCUCCAGAGCAUGCUGCAGCCACCAGGAAUGGCGGGUCACUUCCGGUUGUGGGCAGAAAAUCCCCUUAUGAGACAUCUCAGGCCAGUCUUCUGGGCUUGAAUGGCCUAGGAGACAUGAAGCCACAUGAAACACCCAUGAAAACUUGGAAGUCACUUUCAGUGGUGGAUCCCAGCAUCUCCGGCCAACAGAGCUCCUGGCAGCCGGCUGGCAAGGCAAACCCUCUAAUAGAUUCCUUAAUCCAGGAUCGCCAGAAAGUCAUUGCCAGAAUCGCCCAGCACCUGAUUCAUUGUGACUCAAGCACUCCCCAUGUUGCCACACACCCAUUCGCCACCCAAGAGUCCAAUCCCCUGCAUCCGAAACUGUGUCAGGCUUCUCGAGAGAAAGACGAUGUGAGGAAAUGUAAAGAUGCUUUCUCCAUUUCUUUUGGUGGUCCAGAGUUCACCUCCACAGAAGAUGCUAGCAAAGGACAAAUUCGAAGGAAACAAGACCCUUUAAAAAGUGAGACUCAUGUCCCUGGGGCUCCGUCCUCUCACCAGAGCACUGGAGAGGCAAACCCUCUGAUAGGCUCCUUGCUGCAGGAGCGGCAGGAUGUGAUUGCCAGGAUUGCCCACCACCUGGAGCACAUCGAGCCCACAGCAUCCCACUCUCCCCGGCCAGCCUUGCACUUGCACGACCCCAACAGCCUCCCCUCCAAAGUGUUCCGGAGUUUCUGUGAUGGCAGGCACUUGUGGAAAAAGAACGCGGAUGAUGCUCCUCCUUCCCUUCCUCCUUCAAAAUUGUCCUUGUCAGGAGACAGCACCAACAGGACAGACCUACUACCUGAGAAGGCUUGCAGUUCUUUUAAAUGCGGCAGUAGAGAAAAGUCCUCUGUGAAACCCCAAGUAUGGACUCAGUGCCAGCACCGCCCUCCUGACAGUGUCCAGAGUGCAUGUCCGGAGGCACGGGACAAAGCUGCUGCUCUGUUGACAUCCUCAAAUGUGUCCCAAUGCAGUGCCAGUGACUUGGGUCCGAUCAGCAGAUUGGAAAAGACAUGUGCAGAGGCACAGUUUAAGGGGCAAGAAGGCAGUGCUGGAAUUGACAAACAGUGUUCAGAUCGCAACAGUGUUGACAAAAGGAUCUGCACGAAUAAAUGUAAAGGAAAAAUAAUGAAUAAUGACCAUUACAACCUGGAAUCUUUUGACAGUAUCCAGUUUGAUAACUCAAAAACAAUUGACUCAAAUACGGAAGUUACUAUGUGGGAAAUACCUGAACAUUUGAACAAGUAUGAAAAUAAUUGCUCAGAUAAGAACUCAGCAAAGCCCAAGACAUAUGAGCACAGUGCUCAACUAAGUAGUAUAGAAAAUUAUCUCAAUAACAACAAAAGUUUCAAAUGCAAAAAAUCAGACCAAUUAAAAACUGAGGAGGAUAACAAAGAAGAUGCAAUAGUUGAAAAAACUCAAAACUGUUCUCAAAGAAAGAGUGUGAAAGGCUGUUUGUCCACUUGUGAACAAAUGAAAAACACAAAAACAUUGAGGACCGCACUGAAAUACUCGAGUGUCUGGCAAAAGCCUAACUUUCAUUCCUUGGACGGAACUUCAACCCGAGCCUUUCACCCCCGAACUGGAUUGCCUCUGCUUUCAAGUCCUGUUCCUCAAAGAAAAACACAGUCAGGCUGCUUUGAUCUGGAUUCAUCAUUGCUACAUCUGAAAAGAUUGUCAUCUAGAAGUCCUCGACCGAGUUUAAACAUUGAAGAUGAUCCAAAUAUUCAUGAAAAGCCUUUUUUGAGUUCUAGUGCGCCACCCAUAACAAGUCUUAGUCUCCUAGGAAAUUUUGAGGAGUCUGUUCUGAACUACCGUUUAGACCCCCUCGGGGUGGUGGAUGGCUUUACUGCAGAGGUGGGGGCCAGUGGCGUGUUCUGCCCCACGCACUUGACCCUCCCUGUGGAGGUGUCAUUCUACAGUGUUUCUGAUGACAACGCUCCCUCUCCUUAUAUGGGUGUCAUUACUUUAGAGUCCCUUGGUAAAAGGGGUUAUCGAGUACCUCCUUCAGGAACAAUACAAGUGACCUUAUUCAACCCCAAUAAGACCGUGGUGAAGAUGUUUGUGGUGAUGUAUGACUUGCGUGCCAUGCCUGCCAGCCACCAGACCUUCCUGCGGCAGAGGACCUUCUCGGUGCCCGUGAAGCCCACGGCCAGGCCUGGCGCCGGCCAGGAGUGCACCCAGCACACUGAAGAGCGCUUGUUACGCUACCUCAUCCACCUGAGGUUCCAGAGCUCUAAAUCUGGGAAGAUCUACCUCCACAGGGAUGUGAGGCUGCUGUUCUCCAGAAAAUCCAUGGAGGUUGACAGCGGUGCUGCCUACGAGCUCAAAUCCCACACCGAGUCACCAACCAACCCUCAGUUUUCCCCACGGUGUUGACCAGGAGUGACAAGGUGGCACGCCACUCAGUCCCGGUUUGAAGUCAGGGUUUGCAUAGGGUGGAGUGCACCAAAUUGCCAGCCGUGAUGGUAGACGCCCUCCCAGCCCCAGCCCAGAGCCACUGUCCCUGUGAGGCCAGAAGGAGGCUGCCUGCCCCACCCACCCCUUCCUGUGGAGACCACUGCGUGGACACGUCGCAAUAGCAAGGGCCCGUUAGUUAGUGUUUACACGUUUUAUUUCUGUUAUUUAAUAUUUAAUGUUUUCCUUAAUACUUAAGUGAAUGUUCGUCUGUAGUGUCCUAAUGUAGCACAAAUCUUAUGUAAAAUCAUACUAUGUAUUUUUGACAUUAUGUUAGAAUCUGAAAUAUAUGCAAAAGUCUUUAA